AUGAUUGACAAUUGUAAAUAUGUAUAGAUACUCAUAGUUUUUCUAAAAUUUCAAUAUAAAUUGUGCUGAAAUGAUUGUGUAUUACUUGAGCCUCGGACGUUCAACCACCAUUUCGGCUUUUGUUCACUGUCGCGGUUUAGGCUUUAUAUUUUAAUCAGGUGACUGCCAAUUACUACGCUUAUUUUUUCGAUAAUGCAACCACGGAGACAAGAAUUUUUUCACCUCGUUUGGAGCUGUGAACGAGAGUAUUUAUAGAAAAGAGAUGUGAAAUUAUCGAUGUGACUGACACACUUAUUUUCCUGUCAACUGACGAUGACUAAUGGAACUUCAUUUCUAAUUUAUCGUAUAAUCAAUUAUAUAAUAUUGGCAUGUAUUGCAUCAAAAAUAUGUCUAUGUAUGUAAAUCGUACGCCUGGAUUAAUGCAAUUACCUUGGUAAAGAGAUUUCAUUUUCUCUGUGUAGUGUGUACGUAUCGCGUAGAUAUUUCUGCUUAGAGCUAGUCGACUGUAGAGGGGGAAAGUAUCGCCAAGAAGAUAUCACAAUAGCCGCGUCUUCUCGCUAAUAUACAAGUACUACGUUCAGUCGCUAACUUGGAACGAAAUUCCUCGGUAAGCUAGUGUUUACAAAUAAUAUCCGUAAUAGAGUAUCGAAUAUCGAGCCCAGUGUUGACUACUCGAGGCAUAUAACCUCCAAUAUUUUUUGAGUAUGUAUCGUGAAAAUUCACAGUGAUUACGUAUAAUUAAGCGAAAGAUGGAAAGCAGCGGAGAUAUAAUUAGGGUGAAGGAAGAACCGAAAGAUGCUAACCCACAUCAUUCAGGCGUAGAUUAUAUAUUAGAUUCGGUGGAUUCUUGUGAAGUCAAAAACUUUGAAGCAUUCCCGCUUUGUAAAUCAUCAACCAAUCAUAUGAAUGAGGUUAUAGAAGUACAGGAAAAAUUAGAUGUAAAAAUACUCAUUGAAUUUGAGUGCAAAAAUGUUAAACUUGAACUGAAGUCGUUAUCACCAAACAUCUGCAAAACUGAGUAUCAAGAUUAUCCAUUUAAUGUGAAAGUAGAAAACCAAAUUCAGACCAAUUAUAUGAAUCGAUGUGAGGAGGUUGAAAUAUUUAGAAAAAAUACUCGAAGCAAAUUAUCAUACGAGAACAAAAUACGUCCAAAAACGUAUACAAAAAAAGCGAAUUUAAAUGCGCAUAUUAACUCGACUCAUAAGGACAUUGGAUCAUAUAAAUCUGAUAUUGGCCAUAAGAUACGUACAUACAAACGUAGCCUCAAAGCUCAAAACACAAUAUGUGAUCCUAGCCAAACCUUCGAGUGUGAAAUUUGUCAUAAAUCAUUUGGAAAAAAUAGUAAUCUCAAAUCUCACAUAACUACAAUACAUGUUCGUAGCAAACCCUUCGAAUGUGAAAUUUGUCACAAAUCAUUUGGACAAAAAAGUAAUCUCAAUAAACACAUAGAAGCAAUACAUAAUCACAGCAAAUCCUUCGAAUGUGAGAUCUGUCACAAGUCAUUUGGAUGCCAAAGUUACCUUAAAUCUCACGUGAAUCUAGUACAUGAUCAUAUGAAACCCUUUGAGUGUGAGAUUUGUCACAAAUUAUUUGGACGAAAAUAUAACCUCAAAUAUCACGUGAAUAAAGUACAUGAUCGAAGCAAACCCUUCGAGUGUGAAAUUUGCAAGAAAUCGUUUGGAGAAAAAGGAAACCUCAAAAAACACCUAAUUGCAGUACACGACCGACUUAAACUCUUUGAAUGUGAUAUUUGUCAUAAAUCAUUUGGAUAUAGCAAUUACCUCACGAAACACAUAAACGCCAUACAUAAUCGGAGCAAACCCUUUGAAUGUGAAAAUUGUCAAAAAUCAUUUGGAAACAAGAGUGACCUCAUAAGACACAUAAGUGCAGUACACAAUCGCAGCAAACCCUUCGAAUGUGAUAUUUGUCACAAGUCAUUUGGGCGAAAAUGUAUCCUUAAAAGCCAUGUAAAUACAGUACAUGAUCGCUAGAAGUGUAAGAUUUUUUGGUAGAUAUUUGAAAGCAAAGAAGACAUUUGCAAUCACACGAGUACUCUACGAAGUUGUAGAAAAUCAUUCUUAUAAAUAUCCCUCAAUUAUGUGAAAAACAAUA